AUGAGCGCAUCGGAGAAGACGACGGCGGCGGCCAGUAUUUCAACGCUACCCUUUCAUCUUCUCCCCAAAGACAUUAUCGUCGACAUCCUCUCCAAACUUCCUGCUAAAUCCCUAGUACGAUUCAAGUGCGUUUCUAAAUUCUUUUGCGUUCUCAUAACCGCUGAUCAUGGCUUUAGCGUUCUUCAUCGCAGCGUGUCCUUGACCCUUCCAAGUAGGGCGGGGAUCCUCAUCGUUAUCAUACCUCGAACGCCGCACUACACCCGUUCCCUCCCUGUGUUUUACACUAUAAAUUUCAGCGAAGAAAACCGGCGGCCGGGAAAGCAGCUCCAAGCCAACCGUGUUGGCUACUUGGACGGUGAACCCUAUGCAAUAGACCAUCUACGCUCCUCCUCUGACGGCCUGGUUUGUCUGCAUAGAAACAACAGACACGUUGUUGUUUGCAACGUUAGUACGAGACAGCGUAUUUCCCUCCCAAGAAUCCCAUCCGACUCCCCAUCUAACAUAACCUAUGCAAUGUUAGGGUUCGAUUCAAAAUCUAAAAGAUACAAGGUUUUGGUGUCAGCCCCCAAUCGAUACAAGUAUAAGCAUUGGGUUUUGACUGUGGGAGUGGAUAAAUCCUGGAGGGAGAUCAACAACGACAGUUGUUCUCACCUCUUUCACAUCACCCUUGAUAGCCUUGGCUACCCAAACUUUUCUGAUACUAGUGUCUACAUUGACGGCGUUAUCUAUUCUUAUAAUUACAAUUGGCGGAUUAAAGUUCACCCAGCUCGCUUUGGUAUAGUGGCAUUUGAAGUUGGGUCGGAGAGUUUUUCUGUGAUACCUCUUCCACGUGAAAUUUCAUCUGGAAAUUAUUCUAGACAUAAUUAUUCUAGACAUGCAUUUGGGUUGCUACAAGUUGAUGGAGGUCGGCUGGCUAUUGUUCGCAAAAUAGACGAGUGCAUGAAUCUUUGGACUUGGGAGAAAUUUAAGAAAUGUUGGGAGAGGAGUAUUACUAUCAUUCCAUUGAAAGAGAGUAGCACAAGCAACCUGCAAAUGCGCUUUACUACCAAUCAUGUUGGUGAGAUUGUGUUGUUAUUUAUAAAUAUAAAACAACUUUCCAUUUUGAUUUAUAACUUGAAAAGUAAGGUUUGGAGAAAAUUUGAUGUUGGUGGAGUUGAAGAAUUUCCAACUGUUUUUGAUGUUAGAAUGUACAGGACUAUGGACAAUGUGUUUUCUUUGGAGGAGAAAGAUUUAAUAAAAUGCUAUGUUUAA